GAUACUCGGAAAUGAGGUACAGAUAAGGAACGAACAGAAAAAAAAACGCGCAAGACGAGACAAUUGAUUCCAAAUUUUAGGCGUCAGUCAAAAAACUACUUAUUGCAUAGAAUGAAAAAAUAUCAUGAUAUAUUCUCCGCAAUAUAUUCUCCACAAACUUCGAGAAAGACUCUAAGCAUUACUAACCCCAGUACCGAAAGUUAGUACCGGAAGACGGAAAUGGUAUGGGGUAUGUGACAAUGGUGCUUUGACUACAAGUACCGGUACGUACGUAUGGUUUCUUCUCAUCGCAAAUAUUGUUGAAUGCUACAGCUGAACAAUUUUCUCUUAUCCAUCGUUUUUUGUCAUCGCAAAAUCAAAAUUGGAGAUACGAAAAUAGUGAGCUACCACUCUCACAAAAUUCAAACUCAGUUUCAUCCCUAGUAUCUUCACGACCAUACUUGAAACAUGUCAACCGAGACCAAGCAUGAAGAGGAAAGUAACCAUGAAGAAGACACCGAUGAUGACGACAACGAUGACGAAGAAAGCGAUGACGAAGAAAGCGAUGAUGAAGACAGCGAUAGCGACGACAGCGAUAGCGACGACAGCGAUAGCGACGACAGCGAUUCCGACUAUGACUCUAAGCCUGGCUUGCUUAGCGGUGUAGGAGCAUUGGUAGGAAAAAUGAGCAUCAAUAUUCCACCGAAAAAUAAUCCACAGAUAAAGAAGAAGAAGAAGAAGAAGAAGAAGACGAAGACCGAGGAGGAGGUUAAAUCGAAGAAGUAGGAUAAGAAGGACGAGAGUAAGAAGGAGGAGGCCGGGGGAGAUUAAGCAAUAUCACCUGAAUCGCCCAAUCGGUGGAAGAGAUCGUGAAUGUUCAGUGACUUUAAUCCGAGAUGCGAGAGCGCGAGAUUUCUUGUAGCUGUAUUGAUAUGUGACUGUACCAUACCCUUUCGACUAGUUCAUUACUAAAAUGCUUAUUAGAUUGAUAUUAACCGAAACAGUCUAAAGAAGAACAAAGUCAACUAGUGAUU